ACAAUGGCGGACCGCAAAACCUCACCGAGAGUCGCGAGAACUCCACAGCCAUAACCAUAACAUUUUGUCGAUCGCCUCCCGCGCUGCGCUGAUAUAAUAACAAUAUUUACAUUGAACCGAAAUUGUCGCUGGUUGUCGGCUGCCGAAAAUCUAAUGUAAAACGGCAGUGACAAUCUCAAAUGAGACUGGGAAAACGCCUAAGUUCGUGAACGGGAUAUUAAAUUGCCGGCAAUUGUGUGUGAUGAACGCCGCUACCGUCCGAGACGAGUAGUCGGAAUUGCAAAACGGGGAUUAUGAUCGAAUAGUUCAACAAAGAUAACAACGAAAUUUGACUGAAACUCGUCGAACAAAAACCGAUAAAAUAUGUCUUGUUCCAAAAUAACUGAGAAAGCUGAAGAAGAAGCAGAAGAAGAGGCUGAUGACACUUUAGUCGUGGUGGUUAAGCCAGAUGGUACUGUAUCUAUAGAUCAGGCUGCAUUUAAUCGAGUUAUUGAAAGUAAAAAGGAAACUAUGAACAUAAUACAUUUUGAGAACAGUAGCAACAAAGGCAUUUCUACAAAUUCUGAAAAUGGAGAACCAGAAAUAAAUUUGACUGUUCAAGGCUAUUAUCCAUCAGUUUCCACUAAAAGUUUUUUAUCACAAGUAUCAACAAGUGAAGACGAAGUUAACACUGACUUAUUAGGAGGUUUUAAUGCUGAACAAUUGGAGCAAAUUCAAAGCUCUUUAACUACUGAAGUUAACAGGAUGAUAUUUGGUCAAGAAGAAUCAAUUUUUGACAUGUUUCAAAAAGAUGAAGUAACUCAAAAUCCUAUAUAUUUAGAUCAUUGUUAUUACAAGGAUUGUUCAUCUAAAAAUGCAAGUAUUAAGAACAAUAUGAAUAAUAAAAAUUCUGUUCCUGCAGAAAUUAAUCAUAUUACAAGCCAAUUGAGACAAACCCAAGUAGAAAAUAAAAUUGAAGAGAUUGAGGAAAUUAUAAUAUCUGGUUUAGAAAGCGAGUCAAAUGAUGAUUCACUAUCUACAUUAGGCGAAGUUGAAAAAACAAGUAACAAAACGUCAGUUUCUCAAAACUCAUCACCUGAUUAUCAGCCAAACAAUAAGAAGACGUUAAACUUAAGAUCUUUAAAAGACGAUAAAUCAAGAAAGGGUUGUGUCACUUCAAAAAAUCUCAACAAAAGGCAUUCUGAAAUUAAUCAGGAAAUCAAUGACCAACCUAAUAAUACGCCUACAACUACAAAAACUAUUAAGCGACUUUUACCAAUGAAAACUAAUUCAGCUCGGCAAACUGUGUUGAACAAAGGCAGUCGUCAGAAAAAACAGCAGGAUGUCAUUGUAAAUGAAGAUUUGUUGCAUGCGAAUGAGUUAGUGCGCCAAUCUAGCAUUGAACCAAAAAAAUACAUACAAAACCAAUUAUUGUUGAAAAAGAAUAAAGAAAAACCUGGCAGUAAAGUUAAUUCUGUAGAUUCCAUCGCAUUAAGUCCUGAGAAGCAUGUGAAAAAUACUUUGGAUGUAAGAGACUUAUUUUCAUUACCAGAUAUAAUUAAGAUGGAUGAUAACAAAUCUCACAAUAAAACAGAAAAUAUAGAAUUGGACUCAGAAAACAAAACGGACGUAGACCAUAGUAAAAAUGUCUCAUGUGUUGACAAUUCUAAUUCUAAUUCUGAUGCUGUUGUAAUGAAAGAAGUAGAAGGAAAAUUUAGAACAAUUUCUAGUAAACUAAAGGACAGUCCAGUUAAAGGAAGAGUACAGUCAGUUGAAAAUACUGUAACUAAGACAGUAGAAGAUAUACUGAAUGAUAUUAGUUCUAAAAUAGCUAGCCAAUCAGAAAUUAUUGAUGAAGAAAAUUUAAUAGACGAGUUAGCUGAUCUCAAUGAAGAUCUUAACUCUUCAACUUUUGUUGCCCCCUCUAAUUCAAGUCAUGAUUUGAUGAAUACUCUUCUAUUUGACGAAAGUUUGAAUGAAACUGAUUCUAAAACAUCUACGCCAAAUGAAAAGUCUAAAGGAGUUACUUUAGUUUAUGGGAAAUCUGGUAGACUAUUAACUUUACCUCCUAUUGAAACUCCAAAAACACGGUCAUUAGUAAAAAAAGAAACUGUUGAUGCUUCAAAAAAAGAAUUUGUUAGACAAAGAACGACAUCAGAGAAUUCAAAAAGCUUUACUGAUUAUAGUGAGGAAUCCGAUACUGACAGAGAUGGAAAUAUGACUUCUGAAGAUGACCCUAAUAGACUUUGGUGUGUCUGUAAAAAGCCUCAUAAUAACAGAUUUAUGAUAUGUUGUGACACAUGUGAAGAUUGGUUUCAUGGGAAGUGUGUUGGUGUUACAAAAGCUCUUGGCGAACAAAUGGAAGCUCGUGGUGUUGAGUGGAAUUGCCCUCCCUGUAGGAAGAAAAAAACCGAAGAAGCUCGUAAAAAAUCUGAAGACUUGAAGCUGAAAUCAGAGGAAGAAAAGAAAACAAGAGCCAAUUCAAAAACGCCAGUUAAAAAGUCUGAUUCUAAAGUAGUUAAAAUACAAUCGCCGUCACAACAAAAAUGUGUUACAUGUGAAAAGAUUGCAACAGGAGUGUUUUGCAAUGAAACUUGUUUAGAUAAGCAUAUUCGAGACAGUGUUACUGCUAUAAAAGCUUGCAGUACAUUAGAAUCACCAGAUAUUAUUUUACUGGAUAAGAAAAACAGCAGACUUAUAACAGGUGAUAAAGCUCCUAAGUUGUAUAAUUUAAAACAAUGGAUGGUCAGAAAUCCAGCUUACCAAAUUUUAAAACCAGGUGGGCCUAAAAAAGGAAAAAGACUAUCUCCCCCAAUAAUGUUAAAUCCUCAAAAAUUAGCACAAGAUAUGUUAAAGUUAAUAAAACAAGAAAAUAUUAAUUUCCCUAAAAAACUGUCUCUAAGUCCAAGUAAGAUUAAGACAAAAGAAGUAAAAAAAGAACCAUCAGAUAUUCAAGACUUAUUACAACCUGAUAAGAUGAAAUUAGUAUUUGUGAAAAAAGAAUCUCAGAAAUCUUCAUUGCCCCAAAAAGAAUCCAAAGUGGCACCGAUUACGCCAAAGGAAACACCUAAACCUGUGCAAUCGUCUUUAUCAUUUAAACCGUCUACUUCAAUGCCUCCAAAAACACUGACUGUACAAAAAGUUGUCAAGAAAAAACCAGAACCCAUUAAAGAAAUGGCUAUGGACAAAAGAGAUGAAGCACAACUACGUUCUAAUGUAAAGAAAUCAUUACUAGAAUCAUUAAGCAGCAGAAUGUCUCAAGAGCCUAACCAUAAAGGAGUAGAAGAAAAUUUAAAUGAGUUAAUAACAAAAAUUGAAGAGGAACUGUAUAAUCAGUUUGGAAAAGUUGAUCAAAAAUAUAAAACCAAGUAUAGAAGUUUGGUGUUUAAUAUAAAAGAUCCCAAAAAUUUACAUUUUUUCAAAAAAAUUAUAUUCAAGUGGGUUACUCCUUCUCAGCUGGUACGCAUGACAGCUGAUGAAAUGGCUUCCCAAGAAUUAGCGGAAUGGAGAGAGCGAGAAAAUAAACAUCAAAUUGAGAUGAUUAGGAAAACAGAAUUAGAUAUGAUGAAUCAAUCAAAAGCUUUGCUCAUGAAAACUCACAAAGGGGAAGAAAUAAUCGAAACUAAAGAUAAAACAUGUGAAACUAUCGUUUCUGAACUCAAUCCAGACAUUAAAAUUGAAGAGAAAAAACCACAAAUAAUAUUGAAGCUACCUAAAGAAGAUAAAAAAGAAAAGAAAAAGAGCAAAUACAAAGAAAGAAGCCGUAGCAGAGAUCGUGAUCGUAGGCAUCAUAAAUCUAGCAGAAGUCGACACAAAUCACACAAAGAAAAAAGACGUAAGAGUAGAGAUCGAAGUAGGAGUUGGGAUAAAAAAUUUGACAAGAAUAAGGAAGCUGACAACAAACCUACACAAAUUCCUAUAGAAGUUGAAAUUCGAAAAGACGAAGACAUAAGUGACAGGGAACCUAGUUCAACCGUAGUAAUUGCUACUCCUCCACGGAUAGAAGAAGAAGCAAGUCCGAUUUGGAAAGGAACUAUUAAUUUUACAGAUGUAGCCAGGUGCAUUGUGACUAUGACGAGAUUGUCUGGUAAUGUGACAGGAUUAGAAUCAGAACUUAUUCUAAGCGUAUUACAAUGUGUUGGUCGAAUUAAACAGCAGACUGUCUGGGAUUACAUGAGCAAAUUAAAAAAAACUGGAACAAAAGACAUUGUUGUUACUAAAUUAUCAGCUGGUGGAAUAGAGCAGCAAAUGUCGUAUCUAAGUCUCUAUCAGUAUUUAAGUGCAAACAAUCGUAUAGCUGUUAUUGACAGUAAACCUUUCCCAGAUAUUAAAGAUUUUUAUAUCUAUCCACUUGGUAGUCACAGUUCAAUACCACAAGUGCUAUUACCACUAGAUGGCCCAGGUUUAGAGGAUAACAGAACACAUUUAUUAUUAGGAAUAGUUGUGCGAAAUUCUAAAAGACCAUGGCCUCAAGUGUGGAAACCACCUAAAGAUAACUAUGAAUUACCAAUUGUUAGCGAAAGUUCAGCUCUUCCUCAUUUAAAACCAUCUUUACCUUUAUCACAAGACAGUUAUUCGCCUAAAGAGAGUUAUACGCCUCCACGAUCUCCGACCAAUAAAAUUCUUAGUUUACCAACACCCGUCUUACCGGCUAGCAGUGUGUUGACAGACGAUGAUUUGCCUUAUGUACCUGGAGAAGAAGAACCAUAUUCUCCUAUUGAUGAAGACCUACCUAUUAUGUCCAAUGAAAUAAGUGAUACAUCGUCUGCAUCAAAUAUUCAUCAACAAAUGGAAGAAAUAACACGGAAAAUUGAAAAAGAAAAGUUGAUGAUUCAAUUAAUGACUUCUGGGACUCAAAAUGCAGUUACUAAUAUUGAUGUUUUGGAUCCUGAUGAAGAAGUUUACAGUCCAACAAGUGAGUUGGCACCUCUGACCACUGACAUUCAACUACCUAGCAACAUAAAAGAUAUCCUUUCUUCUUUUAACACAAAAGAAUCGCAGCCAGUAGACGCUGUGGAACCAUCUAAAGCUACAACAGACAAUGAAAAAAAGUGUAGAGACCCUCGCCAACGAAAUCCUUCUGUAACUUCAACUGAACCGCCACCGCCUGGUCUUGAAGACGAAUUCCCUGUUGCGUGUAAUCCAAAUACAAGCUUACCUCCACCUAAUUACAAUACACAAUACAUGGCCAUGAAUUAUGUCGCACCGAUGCCUUAUUCUUAUCCUCCACCUGGGUAUACGUACCCAAACCAGUAUGGACCUCAACAACCUCCACCUCCACCCGUGGGACCAGAUCAAAGCAAUUACAAUUACAAUCAACCUGGUUUCACAUAUAAUGCAAUGUAUCAACACCCUCCACCUCCACCCCCGUAUCCGCCAAGUAAAAACAAAAAAGGAUCUGGUUAUUGGGCGAGUAGUUCAAAAGAUGAACCUAAAAAGAAAAAAUUCAAAAAAUCUGGUGACCGUAGGGAUAGUAAAGGUUCUUGGAGACAUAUGUAAUUGUAUUCUUACUAAUUUUAAACUUUUAAAUUAUUAUAUAUAUAUAUAUAUAAUUUUUUUAUCGUUUUACUUGCAUUACACCUUGAUUUGUAUGUGUAAUAUAUAUCUAUAUAUUUUUUAAUUAAUGUAUAUUACGUUAUUUCCUAAGUCUAAAUUGAUGUA